CAGCUCCUUGAGGGAGUUCAAGUGGAAUAACCUUUCCCCCCACCCCUUUCCCCCGCCCCCUCCCCCCAAGAUCGCCUUCUUCACCCUCCUCCCAGGUCUGGGGGCGCCGUCGGUCCUCUCGUCUUGGGUGCGCGGCCGCCUCCUGGGGUGAAGGUGGCUCUUGGAUAGCGAGUGAGGGCUUCGGGGGCGGUGGGGAGGGGGCGGGAGAAUGAGCUCCCCCGGCGCCGAGAGCGGGGGGAAGAGCCUGCAGUACCGAGUGGACCACCUGCUGAGCGCCGUGGAGAGCGAGCUGCAGGCGGGCAGCGAGAAGGGCGACCCCACGGAGCGCGAGCUGCGCGUGGGCCUGGAGGAGAGCGAGCUGUGGCUGCGCUUCAAGGAGCUCACCAACGAGAUGAUUGUCACCAAGAACGGCAGGAGGAUGUUCCCCGUGCUGAAGGUGAACGUGUCCGGCCUGGACCCCAACGCCAUGUACUCCUUCCUGCUGGACUUCGUGGCUGCUGACAACCACCGCUGGAAGUACGUGAACGGCGAGUGGGUGCCAGGGGGCAAGCCCGAGCCGCAGGCGCCCAGCUGCGUCUACAUCCACCCCGACUCGCCCAACUUCGGGGCGCACUGGAUGAAGGCGCCGGUCUCCUUCAGCAAAGUCAAGCUCACCAACAAGCUCAACGGAGGAGGCCAGAUCAUGUUGAAUUCCUUACACAAGUAUGAGCCCCGAAUCCACAUAGUGAGAGUUGGGGGUCCGCAGCGCAUGAUCACCAGCCACUGCUUCCCGGAGACGCAGUUCAUAGCUGUGACGGCUUACCAGAACGAGGAGAUCACAGCUCUUAAAAUUAAAUACAAUCCAUUUGCAAAAGCUUUCCUUGAUGCAAAGGAAAGAAGUGAUCACAAAGAUAUGAUGGAAGAACCCGGAGACAGCCAGCAAUCUGGGUACUCCCAAUCAGGGGGGUGGCUGAUUCCUGGAGCCAGCACCCUGUGUCCACCCGCCACCUCCCACCCUCAGUUCGGAGGCCCCCUCUCGCUUCCCUCCACGCACGGCUGUGAAACGUACCCGGCCCUGAGGAGCCACCGUCCAUCCCCCUACCCCAGCCCUUACGCACAUCGGAACAAUUCUCCAACCUAUUCGGACAACUCAUCUGCAUGUUUAUCCAUGCUCCAAUCCCAUGACAACUGGUCCAGCCUUGGAGUGCCUGCCCACACCAGCAUGCUCCCCAUGAGUCCGAACGCCGGUCCUCCUACGGGCUCCAGUCAGCACCCCAGCCUGUGGUCCGUGAGCAGCGGCACCGUCCCCCCCGGCGCCCAGACAGCAGGGAUGUCCAGCGGGCUGGGAGCCCAGUUCUUCCGAGGCCCUGCUGCCCGCUCUGCGCCCCUCGCGCACCCAGUCCCCGCUUCCUCCUCCGCGGGGUCCCCGCUGUAUGAAGGGGCCGCCACGGCCGCAGACAUUGCCGACAGCCAGUAUGACGCCUCGGCCCACGCCCGCCUCCUAGCCUCGUGGACCCCAGUGUCGCCUCCGUCCAUGUGAACGAGGGCCCUGGGUCUUAAAAGACACAAUGACUUCUUUGUUGUGGCAGCAAGUGUUGAUUUGAUGGGCCAUCUCUGGGGCAAGGGGAGGAAAUUAGCCUCACUGUGAGGACGAGGAGGAACUCAAGUCUUGCUAUUUAUCAAGCGUCCCCCCACCACCAUCGUUGCCCAUCCUUGGUGGUGGCAGUGCGGUCCCGAGUCCUUUAUGUGCUGCAGGUGAAUUCAAGUAUGGAGGCCAUGCAGUUGGCCUAUUUUACCAUGAUUCACAGUAAAAAUUACUUGCUCACAUCCAGAAAUUUUGUUUCUAUGCGGCACAUAGAUCAUCUUGGGACAUCAGAGUUUGUAAACUCCGCUGGUCCUACUCUAGUGACACCAAAAAGCACACUUUUAAUUCUUUUUCUUGUUACUUUCGAGUAGCUUUCCGGUCCCUUUUGUGGCAGUGUCACAGUUGCAGCUGAGCUGUGAAAGACAGAAUGAAAUCAGUUGAGGUCGGCAGAUUGCAGCUGAAGUGGAAAUGUGCAGCCUCUGCCAACUAGGAUGCGUUUGUUUCAAGCAUAGGUAGCUAAUCUCUUGUAUUGUUAAACCUCCCACUGUUUAUAUUUUUCUUUUGACAAAGUAGCCAAAGACAAUCAGCAGAAAGCGUUUUCUGCAAAAUAAAGGCA